AACGAUCAACAUCUUCUACGAUCAACGAUUCAUCCACGAAGUACCGUGUCGGCAGGACAAAGAUCCAUUCCAGUGGAAUUUAUCGUUCGAUCUCUUCAAAGAUGGCAACCGCAUCACAGCAGGAUGAGGACAUUACCGAAACCUUCUACGAUGCAUCACAGGAUCCCUACGAGGACUCGGAAGUAACGACCGACGUUAUACCGAACAAAAAUUCCAACGAAAACAAUUGGCACAAAAAUGGAUUCGGGCAAGGUAAGUGCCCAGAGAAACGAAUGGGGUGUGCACCUGUUGGUUUGUCGGGAGAAUUUUUCAUUUGGUCAUCAACAUUGCGAGGCGAGGCUUCUGUGGUCCGGGCUUAAUAAUGCGACGACAAAUCGAAACAAGAACUUGAAUCGGUUGGAACUUUAUUGUCGUUACUGUUUUUGACCAACGUUGCAAUUUGUUUGAUUCUCACAACAAUACAAUCCUUCCUGCAAAAAAAACUUGACCACCAUUCCUUCUUCUGUUGCUGUUGCAAUCGCACGAAAAGGCCUCAAAACCCGAACGGGAAAGUAUACGAAAGAAGAAACAGAAAUCAUAAAGAACGCCGUCAAAGAAUAUUGCACAAUGAAACAAAUUUCCGUGAGUCGACUUUGCAGCGAAUGCGACCACAAGGCGGAUCUAAAAGGUUCCUGGAUGGAAAUCGCCAAGUGCCUUCCCUAUCGUUCGGUUCAAUCGGUGUACCGACACGGACUCCGACAGCUUCAUCCCUUCAAGAGGGGUGCCUGGUCCGACCGAGAGGUGGAACAACUCAUUGGUUUUGUGGCGACGCUCGGCAAGAAGUGGGCGCACAUCCAAGCCAAACUGAAUCGGUCGGCGGACUCCUGCAGGGACAAGUAUCGCGAGCUAGACAGUUCAUACGUUCGUGGCCGCUGGCAAGAGGAGGAGACAGAACAGUUGAAACGAUUGAUUCGAGAAUCUUUGAACGUCGAUCCGAAGAUGGACAUGUUGGCACUGGGGAAAAUGGUAGAGGCAGAACAGAUAACGAUUGCGUGGUCUGCCAUCAGCAAGCGCAUGGGAAAGAGAUCCCGGCUGAGUUGCUUCAAGAAGUGGCAAAAAAUGACGGGGCUCUUUUCUCCCUGCGACGUCGGCCGAUUCAAACUUCGCUCCGACGAUGGCCGAGCCAAAGAAGUGGCUUCCGGGAGGAGCAAACAAAAUUCGGCACAGGCCAAAAGCGAAGUGGAUGAAUCUUCCGUUUCUAUCGUUGACGAAACUGUAGACGUUGAUGUCUACUUGUUAACAGAACUUAUAUCCAUGGACUAUUCCAAGGCAUCGGAUGUCAGCUGGGACGAAUUUCGAAUCGAUGAUGCAGAAAACCGUUGGUACGAACUCGUGGAGGAAUGGCAGUCGAAUAUGACGGACGAUUCGCUGUUGGCCCUGCCGCUUUCGGAGAUUGCUCAGCUCAUCAUGGACCGAAAGACGUCAGCGCAACGGGCGGCAGAGACCGUCGAAGCUGUGGAUUUACCAGGCUUUUCUAGUACGGUUCAAUUGUAGCGAAAGAAAGAAUACUUUAAGAGUCAGCAUCUUCAAGGCUACCGCCGAGGUAAUCGAUUAUCGCUCCAUUUGACGCUUCAUCUAGAUACGUUGCUCCACAAAUUUGUGUCUAUAUAAUGAAUCUAGAUUUCGAAAUGAUAAAAAAAGGUAUCAGAA